AUGAAUCCUGCAAUUGGACGGGUCCGAAAGAAAGUCUCCAUCAUCUCGAUUCCAGAAUUCUCCGUUGAUGAGAAUGGUAAGUGGGUUUUUUUUUAAUCUAGAAAGUUCUUAUAAACUUUUCAAGAGGAAGUCUGAUAUAAUCUUUUUCGAUUAUAAUCUCAUCUGAAGCACCUCUCGGCUCCUCUUCCUUUCCGUUUUCACAAGAUUCCCCUCCUUCUAACUUUUCGUCAUCAUUCUUCAGAAUUAUGCGCCGACAGAAUUACCUGGUGUCUCACUGACACUCACUGACUGACAAAACCUGUUGCCGCUGAUUGUUUCGUGGACGCGGCUUGGAUUCUGACUUUUCAUUCUGAAAACUUUCUCUCUUUCUUUCUCUCUGUUUGUGUGACUCAUGCGCUCAGAGUUUGUUACGGAUACGGAAAGUCACGGUGAUUUCUCUUUGGGAUCUCGCGGAGGUUCUUUCCCUUUCUUCUGGUCCCUGAUCCCGCGGCCGUCGCCGUUCUACAAGGCCAAAACAGGCUUUUCAGAUUUUUCUCAAAAACCUUCUCUCUGGGAAAAUAGAUUUUUCGAAAAAUGGCUGAUCGUGUGUGAUGAGAAGGCUUGGAGAACGCGCCGCCGUCCGCCGCCCGCGUGCUUCUUGGCUGUUCUGAGACUUCAGAUGCGUGCCGUCGAAUGAAUACUGAUUCAUUUCACUUGAUUUUUUUGGGAAUGAGUUCAUUAUGAUGUAAACUAACAAAGAGAAUUAAGCAGCCGACAGUUCACGGAACGAGGAAAUUUCUUCCUCUCUCCACUGUGCCCCAGAAAAAAUCACCGCGAAAGGAAUUAAGUAAGCCCCCGAAAAAACAACAUGGUUUUCUUGCCCCUGCCGUCUGUAUCGGGGCCACAUAAGCCGCUUACGCACCGUGAGCGUCUUCGUCUUCUUGUCCACCUCACGGCGACUCCCAGCGUACAAUUCAUGAAAUGUUUGUACAAACAAAACACUCUUUUUUUGGCGCAUGAUAUGCAUCGCUCCCGCAUGCACUUUGCAUAACUUUUCCCUCUCUCACUUCAUGCCUCUCUUUUUCGGUUCCUCACAGCUGUUUUUGUGACCGAAAUGAUUGAUGAUACCAUGUUCUCCCAGUCUCGUUCCUUCUGACGUCGUCAGGUCGCUCUCGCUCAUCCAACUUUUGCCGCCUUCCGAUCUCGAGUCAUCGGUUUUGCAUAAAACGUUUCCGUUCUGUUCCGUUCCGCGUUUUUUCGUGUUCGUUCUGCUCAUAAAACGCACUUCACAGCUGCGAUUCGGCGCAUCAUCGUCAGCUUUUCGGACAUAAAACCGCCGUGUUUUAGUUGUCACUUCUCCGACGCUUCUUCUCCGCUCCGUUCCUUCGUUCGUUCCGUCCGGUUGCAUAGAAGCUGUGGCAUUGAUGCAUUUUGUUUUGCUUUUCUUCGUGUGAAAGCAAGAACAAAAAAGCGUAUGUAUGUGUGAGCGAGUCUGUGUGCGUGACGCAGAUCGUUAAACUUUUAUAGUCCUUUUGCUUCCCGCACCGUGCCGUCGAUCAUCCGAUUGAAGACGGAGCGGUUCGGACGAACUCAAACCGAAUCGCAACACUUUUUCAGUUUCAGACGAAUCGGCACGUGGAGGAGCCGGCAGCGGAGCAGGAGUGAGCACUCGUAUCGAGUUGGACUUGGAUGAUUUCGAGGAGCAGAUCAUAAGAAAGUCCAGGUGGGUGUGAUUUGUUUGGAUAGGAUUGAGUUGACAUUGAUAGUGUUUCGGUGAGCAGACUGUGAAGAGGAGAGUGGCAGACUUUCAAGUAGUUGGGGUAGACGGAGGGGAUCAGAUGGAAGUACAAGGUCGGACAAAUGAUGAUCAGAAUAGUUGGAAAUGACAGAAUAGUCAGGUGGAAGAGAGAGAUAGCGAGAGAGAAAGCGAUAGAAAUAGGCAUUCGGCUGCCGUUCAGUGAGAAAAUGCCAUUCAAACUUCCCAUGACAGUUUUAGAAUCGUUGAACCUUCCCUUCCACCAUUUCUCAGAUUCAUCCAUCCCACGCACUCAGAUCUGUUCGUCAUCUUUUCGAAAGAAUAACAGUACCUGACAGCUAUUCUGUCCAUCCAAUAUAAUUAUUAUCUCUCCACGCGAAACAGGCAAAUCCGCCGAGUGGGCGGACAAGCAGUGAUAUCACCCUGUCUUCCGCCCGUCCGACGGCUGGUCACUGAUUAGCUUUUGACGACCUUUCUCCCCCAUUCGUCCCGUUUUCACUCAUACUGCAGAAAAAACAUACUAUUAAUUUUUUAUAGUUUUGUUGAAACUUUUGUGCACAAAAGAACACACCAUAAAAGCGCGACAAAUAGAGCAGAGAGACACAGGUGAAGGUAGGGUCGGGCGGCCUCUGGAAACUUGCAUGAACACUUGGUUUUCCGAUCGAUAGUGUCUCUAUCACAAACACACAAUCAUCAAACCAUGGAUUUGUAAGCACAGAGAGAAAGAGUUUCGAUUGUCUGCCCCGCGCCGUGUUGGUUGUGAAGCAGAGAAAAAGACUGUUUGCAUACAGAUGUAGAUGCGAGACAACCUUAUCAUUCCGGGACUAUUUUACUGUUUCGCCGGCUGCUCCCUGUGUUCGUGUUGUUUGUUCGGAAGCCCUUCGGUCGAGAAUCACUUUCUUUCAUAAUUCCAUUCCCAUUUCGAAAACAUCUAUCUCUCGUUCUGUUUUGUUUGGUUUCCCGUGCACAUUCUGACUAACACUUCCCGUUUUGUCACUUCCCAAUGCUAAAAUUCCCGUCAUCUUUCUAGAAUACAAAGUCCCUAAAGUUCUCACUUUGAAAGUGUUGAAAUGUAGUGAUCCUUCCGCCCGCACACAUAUAUGAAUCAUUGUUUUUUGUAAAGAAAUUGAAAAAAAAAGAAAAUUGUGUUGUGUCGUCGUGGCGAUGAAUCACGAGUUUCCGAAAAGAAAACAAAGAAGCUUCUAGGAUCAUUUCACUGUUCUUGUCUGUCACUAUACUAUGAAUGAAACAGAAUCACGCCUUCUCUGCUAACAAUUCUCUAAAGCUCACUUGCUGCCUUGUGCUACAGUAACCCUCCCCCUUUCCAAUCCGCUUUUCACUGAAAUAAUUCGAUUGCGACGUGGCUCCAGUGUCCUUUUCGACUGAACCGUCCUUCUCUAACGUCUGCUUCAUUUUAUUAUCACUUUUGCGCUCUCUGAUAACAUUCAAUCGGUUUUUCUUUUUUUUGCAAUAUGUGCCUCCUCCUCCUCCUCGUUUCCCUUCUCCUCGUCGCCUCUUUUCUUAUUAAUUUGUCGUUUCAUUGUUUUUCCUUUCCAUCCUCAACUCUCGAACUUUUGCCAUCCCGCUUUCACCUCGUUUCGUCGUCAUCGUCGUCGUCGUCGCCCUCUUUGGAACCCGUUUCCUGUUCUAAGAUUUUAUCUUGACCCCUUCUCUAUUAUAUUUGUCGCUUUUAAGUUGACUUCUAUGCCCCCAGCACCUACAUAAUGGACUAUGACUAUAGGAGACGUGUGCUGGAAAGGAACAUCGGGUGAGAAAGAACACAAACUGUUUGCGAAGUGAGAGCGAGGGAGUGAAAGUGUGAGCGGGAUAAAACUGGGCGGUUGUGGUUUAUCGAAAAACAGUUUCAUUCUGUCAAACUCGAAUUUCAGCAUGGCAAUGCCCAACCGAAAGCUGACUGUAGUUGGAAGUAUUGACAAUGGAAAUAAUGGAAACUUGCACAUCGGAGACAUAAUUUCACUUUACACAGAAUCACCCACAAAUCCGGAUCACAGAGGAUUUCUCAGCACACUCGGGUCAGUUUCACACCACUUUCCUCGUCGAAACACUCUAAUUUCAGAUUGGUCGACGACAGAUGCAUCGUAGAAUUGAAAGAUGGCCGGCCGGAGAGUCCUCCGAAGAAGUUCAGAGACUGUCUGUUCAAAGUGUGUCCCAUAAAUCGGUACGCGGCUCAGAAGCACUUGUGGACCGAGCAGAAGAGGUUCCAAACGGGAGACUCGCAGUUCGACGACGACAUGAUGAACAAGCUGAGAGUAGCGGCGGACAAGGAGAAGGAGGAGAACGAGUCGGAGUUCCAGAAGACACUCGGAAACGUCGUGCAGUACGGAUCGAUGGUUCAGUUGCUGCACGUCAAAUCGAACAAAUACAUCACGGUGCAGAGGAAUUCGCCGGCGAAGAGAGAACGGAAUGCGAUGAAGGUGCGUUUGUGUGUCUAACUCUCUUUCUCUCUCGUCACCUAUUGGCUGAACUGUUUACCUGGUCAGAUACCUUCUUCGUUCUAUCGUCGCGUGAGUUUCACGUCAGAGUGAUUUAGUGAACUAGUUUCGGAAUGAGAAUGAAUUGCAAUGACUGAUUGAAAAUUAUAUUCACAAUAAGAGCACGCUUGCAGAGCGUAGGGAACACACUUCUAAACUCUCCGUGGCAUCCCUCACUUUUAGAAUGACAUCUUCUUCAGGUUUACCUCGAUCGUGCUGGAAAUGAAGGCAGUUGGUUUAUCAUCGAGCCGGCCUACAAGCAUUAUGCCAUCGGAGACAACGUCUCGGCCGGAAACAAAAUCUCUCUGAUCCCGAGUUCGGUGUCGACCAGCCAGGCAGGACACGUCAAGUCGCAGCUUCAUCUCUCCGCGUUCAAUCUUCUCGAUCAUCAUACUGCUGCGGAAGUGAACUGUCUGAAUGAGCCCACCGAAUGGCAGGUGUUCAUGUUUCUUUUAUUCGACGAAAACAACCCCGCGAGUGUCAAAUCAGUAAGCCAUUUCCGAGGUUCAAUUAAAAAUGAAAGUGAUUUUUAGGGAGACGUUGUCCGGUUAUUCCACGCAGAUCAGCAGACAUUUCUCACUUUAGAUACUAUUCCCAAACAAAAUCCUCCGAAAGAUGUCGUCUUUCUGCGAAUGACGAACAGACCGUCGGCAGCAGAUGCCACCAGUUCCAGAGCUCUCUGGGAAGUUCAGGUCAGUUCAUUCCUUCGGUGGUUUAUUGAGACAUCAAUCUCAUUUCAGGUAGUUCAACCGAAUGCGUACCGAGGAGGAACGGCCAAAUGGAACAAGACGUACCGCUUCAAACACCUCGCCACUGACCAGUACCUGACUGUUGAGGCUUCUUCUUCGAUCCAGGUCAAGCCGGGAGCCAACGGAAGACGUGCGAGUUUGAUUUAUUCAAAGUUAGUGCUCUUUUCCAUUCUCACCUCAUCCAUUUUCAGCGCCUUUGCUCAGCGCGAUUUCUCAGAAAUCCCGGCCAACUUUGGAGCGGUAAGAGUGUGAUGCAUGACACUUCUAACCGCUUUUAAACUAUUCAGCUAACUUUAGUUUAUCUUUUAAAAAAAAUGGUGUUUUUGUAUUUGAUCUCAUUGUAUGCUUCAGAACGAGUAAUCCAAUGGCCAGUAUGUACUCCGAUGGUCCGAAUGGAAUACCGAUCGGUUACUUGAGAAUUCACGUGCAUUGAGAUUCACUUUUUCGUUUUCAGACCCUGUGGACGAUGCGAACACUGUUCAUUUCCUCGCGCCUACGAAGUCCGACUUUCCCGAGGAAAACGAGAAUCUUCUGUUUCGAUUGGAUCCUUCCACAUUUAUGAAGGUUUGAUGGAAAGGGCCAGAUGACCUCAAUCAUCCAUUAUUUUCAGUCGAACAAGGAUGUUCCACGUCGUUCGUAUGUUCGGCUAUUCCAUGAUAGCACUGCGAACUGGGUCCACGCAACCAAUGCAACGGAGAAGCAGAAUCUGCAUUUUAGCAGUAAAAACGAAAAGGGAUGGGUGAAGGUGAUCUGCGAGAAGAACCGCGUGGAUAAAGAGACGUUUGCAUUGCUUCCCGUCUCUCCAGACGAAGUGAGCUAGAAGACGGAACAAGCAAAAAACAAACUCUUUUUCAGGUUCGAGACCUCGACUUCGCUAAUGAUGCUUGUCGGGCACUCAGAAGUUUCAUAAAAUUAAUCAAAACAGGACAAGUGAUUACAAAGGAGGCUCUGAAUGUGACCACACAAUUGCUCAUCGAGUGCAUUCUCUUCGUCACCAACACAUCUGACCAUCUCACGGACCCUCUCAAGAUCACAGACUUCUCACCAUCCAGGGAUCGUCAGAAGUUGCUCCGUGAGCAGGAAGUUCUCGAUCAGGUCUUUUUGCUUCUGAAGGCUCCGUUCCUUCCUCGUCAAGGCACCACAGAACUCGGCCCUCUGCUCAGUUCCCCAUCGGAACUCAGUGACAGUCGGAAUGAAGUGUUCAAGACAAUGUUCCAGUUGUGCUACUGUCUUCUGAAGUACUCGCAAGUGAGCUACAGAAAGAACCAGGAGUUUUUGGCGGAGAAGUUCGGACAGAUUCAAGUAAGCCUCAAGAUAAUAUUGAAGUUUUGAAAGUUUGUGUUUCAGGAACAAAUCGGAUUUGACCUGAUGGCCGAGGACACAAUGACAGCCGUCCUGCAUAAUAAUCCAAAGCUUCUGGAGAAGUAUGUGAAGACGCCACACGUGGAGAGAUUCGUUGAAUUGGUCAGGAACAAUCGGCAGGGAAAGUGAGUCAUUCGACCUUGAAUGGAGACGGACAGAUGGCACUUCUGCACAUCUGCUCCCUCUUUUUCCGCUUUUCAGAUUCUCAUUUCUUUCCUCGGCACGGUAGGUUCAAAAUGUUGUAAGAGUCUAGUAUUGUGCGCAUUGUUUUCUUCUUUUGUUUUCAUACAGUUGCCAAGAGAGUUGAUUUCAGAUUCCUGGACUACCUUGCCGAUCUGUGUGUGUGUCGUGGAGAAGCCAAUAAGAAGAUCCAAGAACUCAUUUGUACAUCCGUUCUCAGUUCUAAGCACCGGGAUAUAUUUAUGGAUACAAAAUUGAUCGACAAGGAAGUGGAGAUCGGAUGGGCUCCGAGCUUCCGAAAACUCGUAGACAUUGCGGAGGGAGCCAGGUCAAACCCGGAAGAUGCUGAACAUUUGGAUUAUUAUCGGUUGUUCUUUUGUUAGGUUUAGAUGAAAACAACGCAUCGUCUUACAGCCAUCAGCUCGAUUUGCUCUCUCAAAUGUGCCAGGAACAACAGUAUCUUGCCAUCGACCCGCCUCCGGAGCGUCGUCUCAUGAACAUCUCGCACCAAUUGCCGGCCGAACUCGUUCUCCAGUGCAUGUCGGACGCUCGUCUUCCCUAUGAUCUCCGCGGAUCGUUCACUCGUCUCAUGCUCCAUUUGCACGUUGUCCGCGGAAGUCCGAUGUCCGCAAUCAGACACGCGAGACUGUGGUGGAGCAUUCCGGAACACGUGGAUGUGAACAACUACGAAUCGGUGUCUGUGGAGGCGUAUUCGGAUGGAAGUCGCAUGCGGAUCGGAGAGACCAUCGCCCAUCAGGUCCUGAGAACUGUAAAUAAAUACUUAAUGGGGUUGAGGAAUCAAUCGAGCGAUGAAAGACACAGUGUCAAUUCGAGCAAGCUCACUUACGAGGUAACUUUGCAUAUUUGCAAUCCCUCAGUUUCAUCCAUUUUUUUAGAUUGUGAAUCUUGCCAAAGCACUCGCCCAGUUCAACUUCUAUUCGUUCGAAGAGCUUCUUCAACUGAGUCAGAAUCUGCUUGCUAUCAUAAAUGAAGGACCGGCGGCCGAAGAAGUUCAUUCUCACAGAAUGCAGUUCGGAAUGAAUGUAAUUCGUAACGUUUCCAAGUCGAUGAUCAGCAGAGGAACAAAAGAGACAUCGAAAGAUCUUUUGAAGGCGGCCCCGUCAAUGUCAGUCGAAGACGCGGUGCGCAGCAAGGAAGGGCGGACUCUGAUCGUGAAGACAAAGCUGAUUGUGGCCGAGAUUCUGCAAUUCGUGAUGGACGUCAGGAGGGACUACCGUAUCACAACGGCGCUAUCCUGGUUCAAAAACGUUUUCCCUUGUGGUUCUGACGGAUCUCUCCUGCACUCAGCAAGUAUAAACGAACGAAUGGCUUCUGAACUCUACGAUGCGAUCUACCAUUCGUCCGGCCAUGAGUUGCAUCUUGAUGGAAAGGAUGGACACCUUCUUCUGGCCAUUCUGUUCCAAAUGACUAUGUCUGAUUAUCCUCCCUUGACAAGUAUCGCCUUGAAAGUGCUGUUCCGGCACUUCACGCAAUAUCAAGAACUUCUGGAAGAUCUGAAGCAGGUUCAGUUGUUGGUAUCGGAUGACGACGUUGAGAACUAUCGCCAAAUUGAUCGAGAUCUGUUCAUUUUGAAAAACUUGACAGAGAAAUCCGAAUUGUGGGUACAUGGAGACCGUCAUCAUUCAAUUGAGACAAAGGAAGUGGAAGAGAAGGAGCGGACGACGGAGAGAGAUCUUCAGGAACACGGGCUUAAUUCAUCGAGAGCGUUCGGAUCGAAAGACUCCAUGGAAGCGGUGGUCGCAGUUAUUGAUGAACACUAUUCUAAUCUGAAGAACGAAAGUCUCAAACUGCUCAAUCGGCUGCUCAUCAAAGACGAUCGGAACGACGCGGCGGUGGCUCUUCAAGAACUCAGCGACAAGGCGCCGCUCAUUGCUUAUCCGUUAAUUCGCCAGAUGUUGGUCCGUCUCACGAGAAUGUGCUACCGGGACGGGAAGCCAGACACAAUGAAUCAGCAGCUGUUGAAGAACAUGCGAGUGUACGAAGUGGUUUUGGAGUUUAUCAGUGUUCCGCACGACAAGAAACACGACAAGGAAAUGAUGAAGCUGAUCACGCUGUCCCAUGAGUUCCUGAGAAGUUUCUGCAAGACAAACAAAGAGAAUCAGAGCAGGCUGUACAAAUUCAUUUCGUACGAGAAGGACGCGAAAGAAGGAAUGUUGAGAGUGGAAACAGUGGAAGAGGUCGGCACUCUCGUCUCCAUCUUCAGGAAUAACAGAGAACUUGCUUCGAAUGUUCCCGAAGAGCUCAUUGCUCACAUCGUCGGGCUCAUUGAGCACAACUCGAGAAAUCCCAUCUUCCUGGAGUUGUUGCAAUCAUUGGUGUGCGUGUACGACAAGGAAAUCGAGAGUUGUCAGGAGAAAGUGGCCAAUGAGAUCUGCGCGGCUUCUGAUGAAGUCAGGCAGCUUUACGUGGACAACGCGUCCUUCGAAGAGCUGGAGGCAAUGAUGAAACAAGAGAAAGAGUCGAGGGGCAAGGGCACGGAGAGCCGCAAUCCACUAAAGUAUCACAUUGAACUGGUCCGACUGCUGGCAAUGUGCACUCGCGGAAAGAACGGAAACACGGAGUUGAAGUGCGCUUCGCAGAUUCCAAUGGAUCACAUCGUCCGUGUCGUCACUUCGAAGUACUGUCUCGUGGAAGUGAAGGCCGUUUAUCUGCAGCUUCUGCUUCAUUGCUACAUUGAUACGGAUGCGGAGAUGAAAGACGCGUACAAAACCGAAUACGUGGAUCAGAUUCUGAAUAAUCUGCUUGAAGACGUCCGAAUGCUCCGUACAAAAUCACUGCCAACGGAGGCAGAAAACGUGGCUCUGGAGCAGUACAUCUGCCAUACGGUCACUGAAGUUCUCAUCAAGUUCUUCGAAGCUCCAUAUUCUGCUCUUCAACAAGCGAAAGUGGAUGUGCAUCAUCACAAGAAGACGUUCUCAGAAGUGCUUUUGGAGUUGACGAGUCUGGAAAGAGGAAAGCUGAAGAGUUCAAGAUCAACGAGGAACUGGUACAGAGUUGCGGAGUGCAUCAAGAGACUGACGAAAUGGGGUACGGUAGGAAUCCUUCGGUGCGCCCUGAAGGUUCUUUUUCAGCCGAAGAGCACAGCAUCACUCUCCCGGCCACUUGUGCAAACCCUCAGAUGUCCGGACAAGUUUCCGUCCGUCAGAAGUGGUACAAUGCGGCGACGUCGGCAAAGUUGAUCGGGUUGAACAAGGUGAGUUCGUGAGUUGGUUCAAUGCCUCGCUGCUUUUUUGGGAAGUUCAACAGUUUUGGGUUCCGCCUAAACAAUAUUCAUGUUCGCUCUCUUCCUAGAUGAUGAGUCAGGAUUCUCAGUCGGAGUACGAUUCAGAUUGCAGUCAGGGUUAUUAUCAGUCUCCGGUUCGUUGGCGUGGCGUAGUCUCAUAAUCACAAGCUUUUGUUUUCAUUUGAUUUUCAUUGAUUUGAGAGUGAUUAGUGUCUUUUCUAAAACACCAAUUAUUUCAGCCGGUUAUAACGCUUGUCGUUGAGGUGAGCAUCAGAAGUGUGACCUUUCUCUUUCCUUUCCCGCCCUAACAAUUCUUCACUUUUGAUACAUUCUUUUCUAUCCUUUAACUAUUUCCAUCCCCGUUUGCAUAAAACACUUUCGGACGGACAAUCUUUCUUCUUAGCUGGAAUGAUUUGCAUGAAAGUUUGACGAGAAUGCUCUUCGUUUUCAGAGACUGAACCGACAGAAUACUCUCAAUCCGGGACAUCGUCUUUAUGGAACUGCCAACUCAACAACCGACACCACUUCUGCCAACGUCGUCACUUGCUAUCAUGUAUUCAAUGCAUGCGAUGUCGAGGAAACAAAUGCACUUUUCAGAUGAUGAUCGGCGAGUUCAAGUUCUAUUUGCAUCCGCUGCACGCCGCCGAAGGAAGUGUGCUCGUCGAAGUGCUCCAUACGCCCGAGCUGCUCUUCCCGGAAGGCUCGUCCCUUCGUGAUCAAUGUGCUCGCGGAGGAGUCGUCGCGAAACUCAUUCAGCACUGCAAGACUCUGAUGCAGAACAAGCAGGACAACUUGUGCGCGAGAGUGCUUCAGACUCUGUGCAAAAUGUGCAACUGCACAAAACAGCAACUCACACAUCAGGUGCGUUUGGGGUGAAAGAGAAGGGGAAAAGAAGUAGUGGGAGAACGGUUUCAAAUGGAGAUAACUUCAGGGUCGCCGGAGACAUUCUAGUAGCUAUCAGAAGGUUUGGUUCGGUGUCAUACUUUUCAGUUCAUAGUGACUGGCCGUCUUUCAUUUUUUUAAUUUCCGGGGUACCCGCUUUACUAGUCAUGACAGCACUGUUCUUUCUGCUUGAUUCAGGCAUAAUAAGCAGAUUACUUAAUUCAUUUUGUUUCAGGGCCAACAAUUGAGACAGCUUUUGUUGCAAAGAUAUUUCGGACAUCACAAUAAGACCCAUCCUCCUCUGGAAAGGCAACAAUCAUCGACCCUCGGCGAUGUGGUCGAAGCAGCAGUGAAAGGUACGAAAUAAAGGGUGAACUGGAGCAAACGAACCAUGAUUCAGAAAAGAAGGAAGAGAACUGGAGCCAAGAGAGAGAUCUCUAUGCUAUUCAAUGCAAACUGAACGAUGCGGGCGCUUCCGAUCUGGUCAUCGAAAUCAUAAUCAUGGAGCCGUCCAGGGAGAUAUUCCUGAAGGCGAUUCAUCUGGCAAGAGCACUUCUUCACGAAGGAAAUGACAAAGUGCAACACUCGUUCUACAUGCGUCUCAAGCAGAAAGACGUCCACGAACCGUUCUUCAAAGUGAUUCUCACUAGAAUCCAGACUGCUCAAAAUCGGUUGAAAAGUGACAUGAUGAGCUGCAGUGAUAGCAAACCAAAACCCUGUAAGUUGUCCAUUUUAAUCUAUCUUUUCUUCUUCUGUUCCGUGUAAAUCGGUCGUAACAUUCACUGACAUCUACAUCUACUUCUCAUCGACUCAAUUAACAAUUCCAUUUUCAGCGUUGUCAGCAACAGUGAGUAGAAGAUGUAAGUUUCCCGAUUCCAGUUCCCCUGAUUCGCCCCCGUUUCCCACCCGAUUACCUACCGUUUUGUGGACCUUUGCCCUAACCUCCGCGUCCAUCCGUAUCAGCUAAUCAGCCGCUCAGGUUCCGCCGUCCGUCCGAAGAGCAUUCUGAGUCGACAGAAAUCAGCCGAUGCGGCGUUCUUCUCUUCCAAGAAAGAGAAGCAGUGGGACAGGCGGUACUCGGUCGCCGUUGCAGCUCGGAGCAGAAAGAGUAGCUCGUCUUGCAUGUGUUUUGUAUCGUUUCGGGCAGGCUUUAUCUCUUUUUCUCUCUCUCUCUCUCUCAUCUCCUUUUCCUAAUCCUUCCUUCUCAUCAUCGGGUCAACCUUCUUUUCCAAUCUUUCAAACGGGUUCUCACUCCACUCCUACAACUUCCCUCAUUUUCAGCAUCAACUGUCAUCACCCCUCUCAUUGAUGCGGGAGAUUCUUCAUUCAACGGAACACUGUUCGAAGUGCCGCAGGUCCGUCAUCCUUCCAUUUCGGAAAUCUCUCAAAUGAGCAAUGAUCUGACCCAUUCGAUUCCCGAUUUGACUCCGUAUCAGGAUGAAGACAGGUGAGAGCACAGAGGCUAGAAUCUGAUAAACAAGUUUUGAAAGUUUCAGAGCAACCGAAGCUCUCUCGCCGGAAGUUGCCCUCGUCGAACCGAUUCUUCGCGUGCUCCAGCUGCUCUGUGAGAAUCACAACAGUCUCCUGCAGAACUUCCUCAGAAAGCAAUCCGACCGUACAAAUCAUAACUUAGUCUCUGAAACACUCAGCUUCUUGGAUACCGUCUGUGGAUCGACCAAAGGAAGUCUCGGAGUGUUCGGAGAAAUCGGAGAGCACAACUUCUCACUGAUCACCCAAACACUCGCCACUUUGACAGAGUUCUGUCAGGGACCGUGCCACGAGAAUCAGAAUACGAUGGCGAUGCAGGAGAACGGUCUGAACAUUAUCAUCUCGCUUGUUUUGAACGAAAUCAAACCUCUCGCCGAUGAUCACAUGGAACUAGCGCUCGAAAUAAAGAGCCAGGCAUCGAAGCUUCUUCUGGCGAUUAUGGAGUCAAGGCACGACGGGGAGAAUGCGAACCGAGUGCUCAGGAAUAUGGCAAACAUGUCUGGAGGGCCAAAACAACUGGUGCAUGCCAUCAAACAGGCGUACGAAAUGGCCAAAUCCAACCAGUACAUGCUGAAAACAGUGAGCAGAGAGUUCAUCAGAAGGACAGAGGAAAACGAUUCGAAGAGCAAAUCUGGCCCUCAGAUAACGGUGAACAGCGGUCAGUUUAGUUUCCUCCGAACUUAGUGUCGAUUGAAUUUGAACUUUUAGCCAUACUUCCUGAGAUUUCGGUCGAUGCCUCUGGAACCGUUUCAAUUAUGAACGAGAAGAAUCUUGCGAGUUCAUUGGACGAUAAGUUCCACGACGAUGAGUACGCGAGUGUGGAUCCUCGGGAAGUCGGUCACAACAUUUACAUUCUGGCUCAUCAACUGUCUAACCAUGACGGAGAAUUGGAGAUUUGGCUCGAUGGAAGUGAUGAGAAGAAAGAUGUUUUGACUAGGGAAGCACUCAAUUAUUACAAGAGCAGGACGGCUCAGAUUGAGGUGGGAUACACUAUAUAUUGUCGAUUCAAAAGAUAGGAGAAACCCUUUUUUGUUCCGCAUCAAAUAAAAUCGAAUAAAUUUGUAGAUCGUGCGUCGUGAUCGAACCUUGGAGCGGGUCGUCUUUCCCAUCAACGAUAUCUGUUCCUACCUGACCAAAGAUACCAAAGAUUACGUUUAUAACAACACGGAAAGAGACAACCAAGGGUCGAAAGUGACGGAAUUCUUCGACCAGUGGGACAGCAUGUACCACGAAAUGAUAUGGCAACGGAAGCUGCAAGACAGGAAGUGGCUCUCGUGGUGCGCAUUCCGGUUACCCAUCUGGACCCGUCUCUCCUUCCAUUUCGCUUUCAUCGUCAAUGCAAUCGUUGCCUGCUAUUAUCCGUUCCCGGAGAACUCAAAAUGUGAGUCUCCCUCCCCGAACUUCUCCUCAAAUCAGUUCCUUUUUCAGCAUCGAUCUCGUUCGGCAAUGCCUACAGCUGGCUCGCCGUGUUCACUUCCCUCCUCAUUGCUCACUAUUUCCGUGACGACAAGUCUUAUUUCCCAAAGACGUUCCUCCCGAUUCUCGCCAGUUUAUGUUUUCUUUCCGUCAGUUCCAUCGGAGUCACGCCUACGCUUUACUUAUUCGGGCUAUUACAGGUGGGUAUUUUGAACACUUUACUUCUGAAAUCUACGUGUGUUUCAGCUAGUCAACAAAAUAGUUCAUGUGCUUGCCUUUGUGAGUAACAAAGGAUUGGAAGACCGUCCGAUCGGAGAGAUACUCACUUGCCGCAACCUUUUGUAUCUCCUCGCCUACUUGACAGUUUGUGUCGCGGGUCUCGUCGUGCAUCCCAUGAUAUACAGUAUUCUGCUGUUCGACAUCGUCGCCACCGAAGAAACACUUCAAAAUGUGAUUGCUUCAGUCACCAGAAACUAUUCAUCGAUCGUUUGGACUGGACUUCUUGCUGCUAUUCUCAUUUACGGAUUCUCGAUUCUUGGCUUCCUCUUCUUCCGACACGGUAAUUACUGACAUCUUUUUCUGAUUAUUGACCCAGUUUUUUUCAAGACUUCUACCUGGAAGUUGACCCAGUGGGAAGUGAACCAAUUACAAUCUCUGCUGGAUUGCCAACGGAAACGUGCCCUUCCGAAGGAUGCGCCGGAUUGAAGAGCUCCGGAAACGACGAUGAAGACGAUAAUAAAAAGGUGAAAUCGUGUGAGACCCUCUGGAUGUGUAUCCUGCAAACCAUGUAUCUCGGACUGCGCAACGGCGGAGGAAUUGGAGACGUUCUGCGGAACCCGGCGCCGUGGGAGGACAUGUUCAUCUGGAGAGUCCUCUACGACAUGACCUUCUUUGUCGUCCUCAUCGUCAUCGUUCUCAACCUCAUUUUCGGAGUCAUCAUUGACACGUUCGGAGAUCUGAGAGCGGAAAAGAACGAGAAAGAGCAGAUUCUGAAAAAUAAUUGUUUCAUCUGUGGACUCGACCGGUCUCGAUUCGACAACAGAUCUGUGACUUUCGAGACGCACAGAGAGACGGAGCACAACAUUUGGCACUACCUUUACUACAUUGUCAUGCUGCAAAUCAAAGACGAAACCGAGUUCACCGGACCGGAGAGUUACGUGGCGCAAUGUGUGAAGGAGCGCAAUCUGGACUGGUUCCCGAGGAUGCAGGCGCUGUCGCUGCAGGACGCCGAGCUGGACACGGAUCAGUCAGAGAUGAACAAGUUGAGGGACCAGAAUUCACAAGUGAGAAUGCGCAUUGUGAGGAGAUUAACCGGCAACGUUUCAGAUGAUGCUUUUCUUGCGGGAUAUACAGAGUCAACUGGAAGAAGUGCGUGCGAUGAUGGAGCAGUCUCGCUAG